CUGCUAAAACGAAACAAUCAAAAUCUCUCAUUCUCUCUAAAUUUUGUUUUUCGUAAAAGCAGGAGAAAUAGAAAAUGUCAAACUCGCAGUCGGAUUCGAGCGUUUUCAGCGUUCGAAUUGUGUCCAUUGAUCAUUACAUGGCACCGCCAAUUCCCGACUUCGAUAUUUGCUACAGUAGCUUUCAAGGUGGAAAAGUUAAUGAAGUUCCAGUUAUAAGAAUUUAUGGUUCGACACCGGCUGGUCAGAAGACUUGUUUGCAUAUUCAUAGAGCUUUGCCUUAUUUAUAUGUUCCAUUGGCGGAUUUGUUACCUCAGAGCACUCCUACACACCAGGAAGAUGAUGCAUGCACGCAUGCCUUAGCUCUUGCCUCAGAAAAAGCCUUGAAGCUGAAAGGUGGUUCUGGUUCAAAACAGCAGCAUGUCCAUGGUUGCAGCCUUGUACGAGCAAAGAAAUUUUAUGGUUAUCAUUCAUCCGAAGAGCUAUUUGUGAAGAUUCACCUCUACCAUCCUCAUGACGUCUCUCGUGCUGCCAAUCUUCUUUUGGUAGGGAAUUGA